UUCAUGGAAGGGACGAACGUCUAUAUAAACUUGGUUAACACCUCACAUCACCACCAAUCAGUGAUUACUCUUCUGUGAACAACCACCGCCAUAUAUAAUCUAACAGUUUUCGGAAAGUGAAGUGUUGUUUAAUAUAAUCUAAAUCUACCUCCUGGUAAAAAGUGUAUUGUGUUUUGUUUGUUGAUCAAGUUUUUCAGUCCAAGUUAUCAUGAUUUAUAAGGCUACCUCACUGGCUCUAGUCCUGCAGAUAUGUCUGGUGUACUGUGAUCCGUUGACACAGUACACGCAUGGCUUGGGGGGUGGCUCAGAGUCAUCAGCUGAGACAUCGCAGGAGGAGAGUGACGACUACGGCGGUGGAGCAGGGGCGGGGGGAGAGGAGAGCAGCUACAACUACAACGACGAGGCUCAGUCACACCACUACGCACACGCACCCACACCCGCCUACCACCAGCCUCAGCAGUAUCACUACCAGUAUCAGCCCAAGUACCACUACAAACAACAGGAGGAGUCCUCCUACGAUGGAGACCUCUACCAUCUUCAGCACAACAAGGGCUACUCCAAGCACAACGAGCAUCAUGAGACUGAUUAUCACACACACCCGAAAUACUCGUUCAAGUACGGCGUGCACGACCAGCACACGGGAGACGUGAAGAGUGCACAGGAGACGAGGGACGGCGACGUGGUGAAGGGAGAGUACAGCCUGGUGGAGCCAGAUGGCAGUGUGCGCACUGUGCGAUACACGGCAGACAAGCACAACGGAUUCAAUGCUGUUGUGCACAAGUCGGGCCACAACAAGCACGACUACCAUCAUGCACCUUCGCACCCGCACCAUCUGCAUCACUAUGCGGCCGCCACUGCUGAGCAUGACUCCUACUGAGCUCAUUAUAAAAUGAGUCCUACGAGAAACAGGGAACAUCAAAGCGAAUGCUGCUACAGUGUGACGUGUGAUAGAGAUAGAUGAUUGUAUGUGUGUGUGUACACAAGAAGGAUAUCAUACCAUGAAGUCAUCACUUCUACAGCGUCUAACUUUGUAAUAUGAGUUUCAGUUACAGAAAAAUAUUUUCAUGUUUUUUUUAUUGCUUUAAAAUUUGUUGUUGCAAUAAUCAUUACUCACAAAGAUAGUAUCGGCUCAAUAAUAUGUUGAGCAAGUUUCACAUAUAUUAUAUUGAAUCCAAAACAACUCAUUCACAUGAGUAAACUCGUUGUUGGAUUAAUGUAAUAUAUAUUAUAUAUACUGUGAAGCCGAUUUAGCAUGCUGUUUGUCAGCAUGCGAGCAAAAUCUUUGACUAUUUCAAGUCUCAAUGAGUAUAAUCGUAUCCCUAAAUAUUAUGUAGCAUUUUUCUCAGCCAUAAAACGUUUUCUGAGCCUGUUUUCCUUCUUAGAAUAAGUUACUUUAGCCAUGAUCUAGAUUGUUAGCAAUGAAACCAAAGUUUGAAGUAUACCAACUAAGUUCGAAAUGUCUAGACCGAUCAUUAAAAUAUAAAAUAUAGGUUUAAACAAUAACCAAUCAGCAUAUACAAUUUUCGAUGAGAUUUUAGCAGAGAAUAUUUUGAACUUUGAAAUUGCACCAAUAAUUCAAAGCUACCAAUUAAAUCCAAUAGAUUUUUUUAUUGUUGAAGAAACUCUUUUCAGGAUUGUUCGAAUUAUUUUUCACUGCCUAAAUUGAAGAUGAGUUGACAAAAUCCUGACUGAUUGAACAGACAAACGUCACUUUUUGUCACAUAACUGAGAAAUUUUAUGUUACACCUAGCCAUUUUUGAGCAUGCUUCAAGAGUUACAACUAUGCUGUUGAUAGUUUUGUUAUACAAAACGGGUUUUAUUAUAUUUACAAUUUAAUUAUAUUAGUUAUAAGGAUUUUUAUAAGGUGGAAAUACGAAAAUCAGAAAUUAUUUAUAACGAAAUAAACGUUUUUCAAAACAA